CAUGCCCUCCACUCCGCCGCCGCUGGACACUGCCAGCACCGCUCACAGUCCUCCAUCCCCCACCGCGAGCUUCUACGACAUGUCUGACGAGGAAGAGAGCGAAUAUAGUACUGUUCGGCACAGCAGGUCAGGCAAAGGCGUCAAGCUGCUAUACUGCAAGAGCAAGGUCUACCAACAUCCAACACCGAGUGCAAAGGACAAUCUAGCGGGAUACAUUGCUCUGGUCCAACAGAAGCCCUCCGAAAGCGAUGCACCCACAUCUCCUGGCGCGAGCAGUUCACGAUCACGACCACGCUCCGAUCUGUUACUAGCAUGGGUUCCCGAGAGUGGCCUUGGCGAGUCGCGAGAUACAUACAAUAAGAUCGAACUCGCAGGCAUCGAUGACGAUGCACCACCAGCGAAGACACAUCUUGUUACCCGUCCGCCUGUGGUGACCACGCACAGCUCGAGUCUGGGAACUUACGCCUUUGCUAUUCCUAUCAGCGACAUCUUCAGCAUUCUCGUUCGUCCACCUAGCUCUGGCUGGUGGUUUGGCAGCAUCGUCAUCAACUCUCGCGCCGGAGACAGCUUUCCGGCGUUGUUCUUCCACGACUCGGAAUGUCAGUCGACGAUUGCUCAUCGGAAGAAGUUGCAACGUGAGAACUUCAGUAUCAGCAGUGAGGGUGGUGGGAUGUUCUGGGGAGGCGACCAGUUGCUGGAAUGGUUGAAGAGAUAUGUGAAUGUCGAGAGGUCGGUGCAAGAGCCUAGUAUUUACAUGAUCGAACCCAACGAUGCGGAUAAGUUGGCGUUUGGAAGUGGUGGGAAGCCGACCCAGGAUAAAGUAAAGAAUGUGCUUGAGGGGAAACACAAGGAUGACCCGUCGCAAAAGAAGCAGGGAAAGGACGGCAAAGGAGACCCAGUCAUGUCCGCCCUCAAGCAGGCGCGGUGGAGCUUUCUUGAAACAAUGGCACAGGUCACCACAUUCACACGGCGAACGGCACAAGCCGUGGCUGAGAAUAAGAACUUGCCACCACAAGUGCGGAGAUUGAUGCAGAACCCCCAAGUCCAGACCGUGUCGGACGAGUUCGACUCUGCCCGACUAUACCUCGCCCGAUGGGCCAUGGGCAUUGCAGAACAGUCCGAGAGGGAGCGAAAUCAACGCAUCUGGACCGCGAAGGAUGUGCUCGAGAUGGAAGAGAGCGAGGUGGGACAGUUUGAGAUUCUAGAUGUUGACCUCAACGGCAUGAGCCUGGCGGAUAAGAGAAAGCCAGUCACGAUGAAAGAGUGGAACAGCUUCUUCAACGCUCGCACUGGACGACUGGAGAAGACUUCUGAUGAGGUCAAGGAGCGCGUCUUUCAUGGUGGUCUUUCACCUGACGACGGAGUCCGCAAGGAGGCCUGGCUUUUCCUGCUUGGCGUUUACGAGUGGGAUAGCACGAAAGAGGAGCGCCACGCACAAAUGAACAGUCUACGCGACGAGUACAUUCGUCUCAAGGGUGCGUGGUGGGAGCGACUUGUCGAUGAGACCGGCACAUUAGAGGAAAGGGAAUGGUGGAAAGAGCAGAAGAUGCGUAUCGAGAAAGACGUCCAUCGCACGGAUCGUCACAUCCCGAUCUUCGCAGGCGAAGACAUUCCGCAUCCAGAUCCGGACUCGCCAUUCGCAGAGUCAGGGACGAACGUCCACCUCGAACAGAUGAAAGACAUGCUGCUCACCUACAACGAACACAACCGCGAUCUCGGCUACGUGCAAGGCAUGUCCGACUUGCUUGCGCCUAUAUAUGCGAUUCAACAGGACGAUGCGGUCGCUUUCUGGGGCUUUACCAAGUUCAUGGAGCGCAUGGAACGCAACUUCCUCCGUGAUCAAAGCGGCAUGCGUCUCCAGCUUACCACUCUCGAUCAACUCGUCCAACUCCUCGAUCCAAAGCUUUACGAACACCUCGCCAAAGUCGACAGUACGAACUUCUUCUUCUUCUUCCGUAUGCUCCUCGUAUGGUUCAAGCGCGAGUUCGAAUUUGAAGACAUCCUCCGUCUAUGGGAGGGUCUUUGGACGGACUACCUGAGCGCCAACUUCCACUUGUUUUUCGCUGCAGCGAUUCUGGAGAAGCAUCGAGAUGUCAUCAUGGGACAUCUGAAAGGUUUCGACGAGGUGCUGAAGUAUGUGAACGAGCUCAGCGGACGUAUCGAUCUACAGAGCACAGUCGUCAGAGCGGAAGCACUAUUCAGAAGGUUUCAAAGAGUGGUGGAGGCGAUCGACAAGAAGAGCAAUUUUCCCGCUACUCCAGUGGCGAGGCUGCGGUUACCACAACCACCCACGAGCCCUGGACAGUCAAAACCAGGAAGCGAUGGCAAGCCUAGAGCUGGGAGCAACUCAGGUGGAGCGAGUGGUAAACCAACGUCUGGCGUGGCCAACACCUCUGGCAGAGAAAGGACUGUCGGAGACCAUGUUGCUGCUGGUAUUGGAGCGGACAAGUCUGAGCCGGCACAGGUUAUCUCGCCAGAGUUGAGAGCUCUGCUGAGCAGGGCUAUUCCCAAGCUGGAGAAGGCGGAGGUCUUGGAGCAUGGUGGAGGCGUUGGAAGCUAAUGUUGACUAAAUCACUGGAUUACGGCUUGAUGAAUUCAUGAUGCGAUUGGCGUUAUUAAUAGCGAUGGCUGGGAUUCACGGAACAAGGGAGUUAGGUGUGGGAACCGGGAGCAAUACGACACGAUAUCAUCCAGGAGCGGCCGGUCGUCGAAGAUGCUAUGGGGACAAUCACUUUUCAACUACGUCGAGCACUUCAAUUGUAUAACGAUGUCUCGACUUCCCGAUUGCAUAGACGAAGACGGUACGUAUCAUGGCUGAUCUGCGUUCGACCGGGUCAGGGCAGGACAAGAGGCAACUGACCUUGAGCCUACAUAAAACUCUUGCUUCGCUGUCA